UGAUAAUAAUAACAACAACAACAAAAUAAGUGCACAACUUGGAGAAAGUACUUAUAAAUAAAUUCUCUACUAAAAAAGGUAUAAUUAUUAUGUGUUGUGUAUGCGAUUGCUAAAGCAUUUUCAAAGCCAACAACUCUUUCAGAAAUUCGUGCCCGUUGAAAGAUAUCAAAUAAGAGAUGAGUGAAAAUCGGUUUUGUUUUGGCCAUUGAUUUGCGCGGUAAAACAAGAUUGGACUGUACAGUAAUAAUUACUUUUGCCGCUUGCUCACAAAGAAAAUUAAAAAUAAAAUAAAAACUUUCAAUUGAAAAAUGCACAGAAAAGCUCCGAACGACUGAAUAAAUUAAUAAAAAAUUUUUAAAAAUUUAAAAGUCUCUGUCAUAGACAAGAAAUAAAACAUGGAUUUUACCAGUGUGCUGAGUAAAAGUGAGCCACAUCAGCGCACAAUAAUACAUUUGGAUAUGGAUUGCUUUUAUGCUCAAGUGGAAGAAAUUCGAAACCCUGCCUUAGCUACGCAGCCAUUAGGUAUACAACAAAAAAAUAUCGUAGUAACUAGCAAUUAUGUGGCCCGUAAAUUUGGUGUCACAAAGUUGAUGUUGAUUGAGGAAGCCAAACGUAUUUGUCCGCAACUUGUGCUAGUGAAAGGUGAAGAUUUGUCACCCUAUCGCCAAAUGUCGCAACGUAUUUUCGAAGUAUUGCUUAAUUAUACUCCAUUGGUAGAAAAGCUCGGAUUCGAUGAAAAUUUUAUGGAUGUUUCAGCUUUGGUACAAACACGACAGCAACAAACGCAACAAUUAAAUAGUGCAGAGCACUCUGCUAAUAGCGAAAAUGUGUUUGAAAGUUCCAAUGUUAUUGGAAAUAUAUAUCCAUCCGAUGGCACAACUCUAAAUGCAUGUGAUUGCGGCUGUGCACAACGAUUAGCAAUAGGCACACAGAUUGCUAAAGAAAUUCGUGAUGAUCUACGUACUCAGCUCGGUAUUACCUGCUGUGCCGGUAUAUCUUAUAAUAAACUACUAGCCAAAUUAGUGGGUGCACAAAACAAACCAAAUCAGCAAACAGUACUAGUAUCAAGUCAUAUGGACCAAUUUAUGAGGGAAUUGAAAGGCUUACAUCGCAUUACUGGUGUAGGGCAGAAAACAGAAUCGUUACUUUUGGAAAGUGGUAUUGCAAAUGUGGAGGAAUUACAAAAUUGUGAUAUGGAAUUACUGCGUAAAAAGUUUGGGGCCGAAACAGCUAAAAAAUUAAGAGAUCUAUCAUUUGGCAGAGAUACAAGUUUAGUGAAACCGACUGGUAAACCAAAAACCAUAGGUUUAGAGGACUCUUGUAAACCGAUAUCAGUGAGUUCAGAUGUAGAAGAACGAUUCCGCCUCCUAUUAAUGCGCUUACUUGAACAGGUUUCUGAUGAUGGGCGUAUACCUAUUGCUAUAAAGGUGAUACUACGAAAAUUUGAUCCACAGAAAAAGACAAGCCAUCGGGAAACUAAGCAAGCUAAUAUAUUACCUUCACUUUUCAAGACAACAGCUUGUACCGACACAGGUGGUGCUAAAGUUACUCUGGUUGAUGGCGCACAAGAUCAACUUCUUCAAGUGGUGAUGCGUCUAUUUGAACGUGUGGUUGAUUUAAAAAAACCUUUUAAUAUAACUUUAAUUGGUUUAGCAUUUUCGAAAUUUCAGCAAAGAAAAGUCGGCUCGUCGUCUAUUGCAAAUUUUUUGAUAAAGAAAACCGAUUUGGAAGUCCAAUCUAUUACAUCACUUACAAAUACUUGUGUUGUAGCAACUUCACAAAGUCCAACCCCUUCAGUUUCCUCUACGAAUAGCGAUGAAGCGUUUCGUUCUUCGCCCACUACUUUUCAACCAAGUGAUCAGUUUUAUCGACGUCGUGCUACAACUGCAUCUCCGAUACCAAUGCUUGUUGAUAACGGCUCAGAAUCAGCCGCAACAAACUCUGAUUUUUCAGACUUUUCUGAAACUGAAAUCGAGCCAUCACCUAAGAAAAGUCGUUUAAGUCAUUUAUUCUUGGCUAAAAGACGCUGUUUGAGAGGCGCUAUCGGUAGUACAGAUGCUGCUGACGUGGCUUCACCUAGUAAAUUAAGAGUAUGUGAUUUACGUCUAAAUUCUCGUGACAGUGAUAAAGAUUUUCCUAUAAGUCCAAUAUCAAGCGGUACCAAUACUAGUAAGGCUCAUAUAGCAAUGCGUUUCCGGACCAUACCACCUUCUACAUUAGUUAGUCGUUUGGAACAAAAAGACCGCUGCCGUCCACCUAUUGGUACUAUCAAGCAUUUUUUAACCAGUACCUCAGUGGAUAAUUCACCAUUGCAUUCACCCAUGGAUGAGACUUCAGGUACACUCCCAACAAUAACAACAAUUGUAAAACAAACGGAGAUUAUUGCACCUUCAACAACAACAACAACACCAACGUCGACUUCUCCUGCUUCUAUUGCACCAACUACUUCUUCCUCCACAAUUAUAAAAGGUAAUGUCUCCAAUAUACCAUAUCCAGCUGGCGUUGAUAGUGAAGUAUUUAAUGAGCUUCCGAUAGAUGUACAGAAUGAGCUAAUAGCAUCGUGGAGAAAUUCACUUGCAGCAGCUGUUGCUAAUCAAAAUUUAACAGUGAGCGGGUGUACAAGCGAAGGCACAACAAGCAAUGUUAUUCAACCAUCUAGCAAUACAAGUACAGCUAAAGUUGGCAGUACCACAAAUAAUGGUACACAAAAAAAUACACUUUAUCGUUACUUUUUAAGAAAUAAGUGAUGUGUUUUAAUUCCUUACUUAAUUUUCAUUAAUGGUGUUCCCAGACCAAUAAGCAUCCACAUUUACUUUUAAGUUUCAUAUUUUACAAACAAGUUAAAUUUUUAUAAUAAUUUUAAAGUAUUUACUUAGUAUUAAGAUAUGAUUAUGUAUUGUGGAGUUUUGAAAACUAGAAAACAAUAUGCAACUACCGUCAAUCGUAUGAUAUAAAAUAUAUAGAGUCCGAAAAUAACAGUUAUU